AUGCAUGUAUACGAGAAACGGAUCUUGUUUAUGCUCGUAUUCGUUUUAUUCGAAAUCAGUACUUGGGCUUUCCUGUUUGCCUGGCGCCUGGAAAGUGUUAUCUUGGAUCAAGCCACCGAUAAUCACAGUACAGCUCUUUAUCAAGUCAUCGAUCCCAGUCUAGCCAUUAUACCAAGAAUUUAUAUACUUAUACUAGUGCUCAAAUCAUUUACAACACCAUCUGAUCCUCUAUCACCUUCCAAGUUCACCUUAUACAAUUAUCACUUUUUAUUAUUUUUUUCUAUGGCUAUUAUCUCCUCCUUUCUACGGUGUUUCUCUUACUUUGUUAUCACACAUGGCGAUCACUGGGUAACAUCUUGGACUAUAGAGACAUCAUUUGCUGUAACGAAUCUGGUGAUCAAUUUGAUUUUAUGGGCCACAAGUGCUACGGCGCCGUCUGAACUGGAUCAGGGGGAACUUUUGGAUUUUGAUGAUACGGAUGAUGGUGUCAUGGUACUUCUUGAUGGUCGAGUGGUACGAAAUGGCCGCAUACUUAGUCUCGAAGCAAAUGCAUCCGUUUUAUCCUGCAUCACUUUUCGUUGGAUGAAUUCUCUUCUGCAUGAUAAAACCAACAAACAACCCCUGACUUCUGAUCAAUUAUGGUCUCUACCACUUCGAUUACGAUCUCAAGAAAAUGACAAACAUUUUCGUGCCGUCUCUAAUUCGAUUUUAUUAUCAUCAAUGACAACAACUACAACAACUACAACUGGAACAUUAUCUUCCUCUUCCUCUUCUUCUCUGUUAUCAUCAUCAACAUCACCUUCUUGGUCACUAGCGUAUCAAAUCUAUCGUUCGAAUCAACAGGCUGUUAUGCUACAAUUUGUAACUGCCAUUACUGCUGUUCUAUUUCAUUACGCCAACCCCUAUUUCCUACGACGACUUUUACAAUAUAUUCAAGAUCCACAGGAUCAACCUUAUUAUACUGGUUACCUUUACUGUUUUGCCAUUUUUGGAUCAAGCAUUCUUAGUACCCUUGUGGCGUCUCAAACUUUACUAUGGGGUAGACGCUGGCAUGUCUCCUUGACCAAUAUGCUCGACUCCUCUAUUUAUGCUCAUACCUUGAAGAUGCCUCAUUAUGGAAAACAAGGGAUAGAUGGGACAACACUGGAAUCAGAUCGACAUGAUACAAAUGUUCGACUACAACAUGAUGCGAAAUUGAUGAAUACGGAUGUCGAACGUCUAGCGGAAUUGGCAUCUCAUUUGCAUAUCUUCUAUACUUGUCCUUUGGAAAUUUCUGCUGGUAUUAUUUUUCUUUAUCAUAUUCUUGGUAAUUCGUUUUUUGUUGGCUUGGUGGUGAUGACUGUAACAUUACCUGUGACCCAUUUUAUUAGUCGGAAGUUGGCUCGAAUACAAAAACGGCUGGCUGAAGCAAAAUCAUGGCGAAUUCAAUUACUACGUGGAUUCUGUGAAGGGAUCCGAACUACCAAAUUUUUGGCUUGGGAACGAAAAUGGGAACAGAUGAUUAUGACUGCCCGCGGUGAAGAGCUUGUUCAAUUAAUCAAAUUGUAUAGUCAAAAUGCAAUUCUGGGUUUGAUAUGGUUUGCCACACCUAUUUUCGUUACCACCAUCUCUUUUGCUUGGUAUACUUUAGUUCAAGGAAACAAGUUGGAUGCAAGAUCCAGUCUUGAUAGAAUUUAUUCCUUCCUGAACUUUACAGAACAUUGGAACCAAAACAACAACAGCAAUAACAACACCAACAGCAACAACAAUGACAAUAACAAUAACAAUAAUUCAAUGACUAGUAUUCAGCACAGGUCAUAUGAGGAACAAGUCAAAGUUGGGUUUAUAGGUGGAAUCAUCAAAUCGGGUCCAGAUCCAAGACAAUUUCAUCAUCGUCAUCAUCAUCAUCAUAUACUCGAUAUAGUAACGACAGCAACGACUAGAACGAGCAACAACAACAACGAUGCCAGUACACCCGCUACAAUGGUUGUUCCGACAUUUGAUUUUCCACCGGGAGAACUUUCCGUGAUUACAGGCUCAGCAUCCAGUGGAAAAACACGACUUAUUUAUUCUCUACUCGGUGAAGAUGAGACAUCUUUUGAUGGGCAGGCUAUUUUACCGUCUCGAUUUUUGGCAACACCACGUGCUCAUUUAAUCCAAGAUCCUCAUUAUCCUGGAUUAGCCUUGCUCAAAGUGGCUUAUGUUUCUCAAAUUCCUUGGUUGGAAACUGGUACUAUUAGAACCAAUAUUCUUUUUAUGGAACCUUGGGAUGAUGCACGUUAUCGAUCAGUACUUUAUCAGUGUGAUUUGAUCAAAGAUUUAUCUCAAUUGGAAAAUGGUGAUUUAACUACUGUUGGAGAAAAUGGGACUACUUUAUCUGAUGUAUUGAAAGGAAAGAUAUCAUUAGCUCGUGCAAUGUUUUCUAAAGCCAAGACGGUGAUCAUUGAUGAUAUAUUCUCAAAUCUGGAUAUGUCCAUGUCCAACCUUCUAUUGGAAAGAUGUACUUUGCAUGAUGGUGGAUCUGCAAAUUUGAUGAAAGGUCGAACAUUGAUUAUAGCUACACGUUGCGAUCUUGGAUUAUGGGCACAACCAGCGAAAUUAGUGAUAUCAAUGUCAACAUCAGCAGCUGCUGUGAAAAUACGCAUUGUGGAUCAAGAACAAUAUAUCAAGGCAAUGAUGAUUAAGCAGGAUAACAACAAGGAACUUGAUAAUCUACAGAAGAAGGAACUCAAACAACAUUUUAUGGAUGAUGGCGAUCGUCGUGGUACGGAUACAUUGCUGGAAGGUACAAGCAGCAGUAGCAGCAGUAGAAUGGUAAUGGAUGAAGAUUAUUUUGACGAAGGAUCAGUGAUGCGUGAUUCGAUAUUGGAAACAGAUGAUGAAUCGCAACAACAUGGGACAAGAUCAAGAGAUUUGGCAUAUGCAACCUAUUUUACAGCAUGUGGUGGAUGGUUCUUUUGGUUAUCAGCGGUAUCUUUGACAGUAUUGACAAGAUUAUCUUCUUUAGGUGAAAGCUAUUGGCUAAAGGAAGGUAACACGUGCCAAACUUUCAAGAACUAA